CAGCCUUGGAUAGACGUCCAGAGAAGAUAAGGCAUAUUUAGUUUACAGAUAAAGUUGGUAUUACCAAAUUGACACCGGCGGGUGGUGUCAUCAGGAAGUGUCCCCGUACAGUGUCACCAUGAGGAAAAUUACCGUCAUCUCAGUGAUGCUAAUGUUUACGACAGUGGCCAAAGGUCACAUUCUUGAUUCAUGCCUCUUUGACGACGGUGAGGAAGAUGAAGACUGUCCAGAGUACUAUUCUGAAUGUGACGGUGCCUGCUACCAGAAUACCUUCACAACUGGGGAAGAUUUCAGUACACAAUGCACGGGAGACGGCCAGAUUCUACCGACACCCACCACGGUAGAACAGCUCCAGUGUCUACUGGAAAUCGUAGACGACGACAGUAUCGACGCCGUGGCCACUGGAUUUGCCAACCGAGGUGAUAGUUUGGGCACCUCUGAUGGCUCAGUGACUGCCCCGGCAUCUCUGGAGGGUAUUGACGGACCCAGUAGCACAGGCAGGGCGUGUGUGGCUGUUAUCAGGGACCAGGUGAAACUGGAGAGGUUCACUUGCACCGAUGAACCAGCGGCGUUUGUCUGUGAGUUUGCUCGAGACGACUAAAAUCUACUACCGCGGGAGGAUGGUGAUACAGUGUAGUAGAAUCCACGUGAGUCCUAUACAACUACGUAGUUAUGUAUGUGAGUUUGCUCGAGACGACUAAAAUCUACCGCGGGAGGAUAGUGCCAUACAGUGUAGUAGAAUCUAUGUGAGCCUUCUACUGCUAUAUGUAUGGUUAUCUACUGUACCCAUACCUUAAAAAUUACAUGCUGUAGGGUAUCGUAGAAUCUACGUGAGCUUUCUACUUUUCAGUGGCAGCUAGAGCUUCUAUUAGCUGUCUUCUGUAUUAAACAAAAGUCUUCGAGUUAUCUUCUAGAAGACAGUGCUUCUGUUACUUGCUUGCUGCGCUUGCAUAUAGAAGAUUCUUUGUGAG